GACGUUGAGUUUGUUGUAGGAAAAGUUGUUGUUGUGUGAAAAUGUCUAAAGUCCAAAUGCUGAGAGCGUUGGUGAAGCAGCGACUAACUGCGGCUGCUGAAGAGAUAUUUGGGCUGUUUGAAAGAACCAUAGCAGAGUACGAGGAGGAACUUUGUCGUUCUAAAGAGGAGAACCACCGACAGCGACACCUGCUGGACGCCGUCUUUAUCCCUGAAGUACAAACAGAUCAUCAGGAGGUGUUGAUGGAUAAAGAUGAUGUUGCCACUGAGCAGACACACAUGAGUCCUGCUCUGGCCCAGGAAGACCCCAAGUCCCUGAACAUUAAAAAGGAACAAGAGGAACUUUGGAUCAGUCAGAAGAAGGAGAUGGUUCAAGGGCUGGAGGAGGCCAAUGUCACUCACAGCAGGAAAUCAGAAGAUGAUGGAGAGGACUGUGGAGCAUCACAACCAGACAGAAACUCCAAUCCAGGCUGUGAUUUACAAAGACACGCUGAAGACAAGGAUUCAGAGUGUUCCCAGCCUAAAACUGUUGGUGGCUGGACAGAAACUGCAGAACCUCAGUCAGGUUUAAAGGACUGUAAUUCCGGAGAGAAACAUUUUAGCUCCUUUCACUGUCAGAAAAGAUUUGGUUUGGAGACACCUGUGGGUGCUCACUCUGGACAGGUGUUUAGGUCUUUAAAUUAUGUUCAAGGAUUUGGACAAGCAGAAGGUCUGACACAGCAUGUGAAGAGCCACAUGGCAGAGAAGCCGUACCAGUGGAGUGUUUGUGACAGAAACCUCACGUGUAAAUCAGACAUCAUUAGCUACUGUGUUGGUGAGUCCUCACAACUACUUCAAGGCCAGACUGAGGAGGACAGGGAAGCGGAGCCUCAAGCCAGCACCUCGACCCAACACCUGGAAACAGGAGCCGAUACAGAGGACUGCAGGGGACCAGAACCAGAUUCAAACUCACAUACUGAUGGUAAUUUUCUACCAGAAAAUGACAACAAGAUUUCUUUAUCUUCUAAACCUGACAGCGAAGUCAGCAAUGAAGACUGGAAGGAGGCGGGCGACCCGCGGUUAGGGUUAAGCUAUGUGGCAAAUGAUGGACUGUCUGCAAGUGAUCUGGCCUGGAAUACUGUUGAGAAUCCAUUUAGCUGCUCUUAUUGUACUAAAACCUUUAACCGGAAGGACAAUCUGAAGAGACACGCAAGAAUUCAUACAGGAGAGAAACCACUUGCUUGUAACAGGUUUAAGCAGCAGGACUCUGACUCGCCCGCUCCCAAGAGAAGUCGUUCUGAAGAAAAGCGAUACAGCUGUUCGGUGUGUAAGAAACGUUUCGGCUGGAGCACUGAUCUCGUGAGACACAUGAGGACACACACAGGAGAGAGACCUUACAGCUGCUCCUUUUGUAACAAAGGUUUCACACAGAAAGUGACUCUGACAGCACACAUGACUCUGCAUACAGGUGAGAAACUGUUCAGGUGCAACCAGUGCGGGAAAGGGUUUAACCAGAAAUCAUAUUUGAGGAAGCAUAAGUGUCUGGAGGUCGGCUCUUUCUAGACCUGCCUGUUCAGCUGGUGAUUUUCUGGAACAUUUCUAUAUCCUGAUUUACUCUGACUGAAGGACACAGAGCCUUUUAAAAUUACAGAUGUUUUACCGCAACUCUGGAUUGGAGUGUCAGACCAUCUUAUGUCAGCAAGCAGGUAUUCCACAAAGAGAGAAAAACCCAGAACCUGCUGACUUGUCUUUGACCUUUGAGAAAACAAAGUAAGCCUGUAUUUGGAGAACUAUGAGCACAGUAAGAUGCAUAAGGCUUAAUGAUAGCUGACACCACAAACUGUUUCUGUUCACUUUGACCUCACAGGAAGAGGGUCAGCAUUUGGAUCCCAGCCGAGUCCGUGUGUCGAUCACUUGUCCCUUCCAUUGUUUUGUGUGCUUUCUUACGGAAAGACCAGCUUCCUCCCACAGUCAAAAGAUGUUCUGCUUGGGCUAAUUCCUGGAUUGGUACACUUGCAUUUUUGGUGCAAAACUCAUUCACGCCAGUUACUGCGACUCACCUGUGGUGAAUUAGCUUUGAGCAUCCAAUCAGCUCAUCCAAUCAGAGCCUUCUUACUACUUCUGAUGUUUGAGGUGGUAGAAGUAAAUAAAGUCCAAGUGGUCUCAGUUAUAUGUUUAAUUAUUUUGGAAUCAUGUGUUAUACUGAAGUGUAAAUUGUUCUAAAUCAAGGCUGAAAACAAAUGAUGGACAGUGCUCAUGUGUUCAUCCAUUCAGGACUUUCCUCAGGAAAACACAAAUCCAUUAGAUUUCAAAAAGGCAAACAUGAUCAGAAAAAGAUGAGAAAUGAGCAUGUGAAAAAAAUUGGUGUGUUGCCAUGCUUGUUAUCAAAAUACAGAGUAUCACCUAGUGGGGAAAGGAGUAUGGUAUUUUCCAGAGUAUACUCACUGUGUUUUACUAGUUUGGGAGGCCCUGCAACUUAUACAACAUGUACGUAUACCGAAAAUUAACAAGUUUGUAGUU